CGGAGCUAUAAAUAACGGGCCGGGACGAGGGUUCCUCCCUCAGCCGCACGCUAACUCGUUGCACAAGAAUUCCUCCCACCCUCGCCGUCUCGCCGCCGUCACCACCGCAGCUAGAUAAGAGAAAAAAAGAGAGAGAAGAACUCGUCGGGAGGGCUCGAGAUCUGUGUUGGGAGAGGGGAAUUCUUGAGGUCGGAAUCGGAACAAGCGGGCGCGCUCGGGAUCGGGGUUACCAUACAAUUUUUCCCAGGAACCUUUAGUGAAUGUGCUAAUGGAGUCAAAGGGUGGCAAAAAGUCUAGCAGUAGUAGUUCCCUGAUGUACGAAGCUCCCCUCGGCUACAGCAUUGAAGACGUUCGACCUGCUGGAGGCGCCAAGAAGUUCUCUGCUGCAUACUCGAACUGCGCGAAGAAGCCAUCAAUGGCUGCCCCGACCUCUGCGAUCGGAUUUGAGGGCUACGAGAAGCGCCUUGAGAUCACCUUCUCUGAGGCAUCAAUCUUUGCUGACCCUCAUGGUCGUGGCCUGCGCGCCCUCUCCAGGGCCCAGAUUGACUCUGUUCUUGAUCUUGCACGGUGCACCAUUGUGUCCGAGCUCUCCAACAAGGACUUUGACUCGUACGUGCUAUCCGAGUCGAGCUUGUUUAUCUACUCUCAGAAGAUUGUGAUCAAGACCUGUGGGACUACCAUGCUCCUGCUCACCAUUCCAAGGAUUCUCGAGCUGGCUGAAGAGCUGUGCAUGCCGCUUGCUGCUGUGAAGUACUCCCGUGGGAUGUUCAUCUUCCCCGGUGCACAGCCUGCUCCCCACAGGAGCUUCUCUGAGGAGGUUGAUGUCCUGAACCGCUACUUUGGCCACCUGAAGUCUGGUGGCAAUGCCUAUGUGAUUGGAGACCCAGCGAAGCCUGGCCAGAAGUGGCACAUCUACUAUGCCACCGAGCAACCUGAGCAGCCCAUGGUCACCCUGGAGAUGUGCAUGACUGGGCUCGACAAGAAGAAGGCCUCUGUGUUCUUCAAGACUUCUGCUGAUGGCCAUGUCUCCUGUGCUAAGGAGAUGACCAAGCUCUCUGGUAUCUCUGACAUCAUCCCUGAGAUGGAGGUCUGCGACUUCGACUUCGAGCCCUGCGGCUACUCCAUGAACGCCAUCAACGGAUCUGCCUUCUCCACCAUCCAUGUGACCCCCGAGGACGGCUUCAGUUACGCGAGCUACGAGGUCAUGGGCAUGGACGCUUCGGCCCUGGCCUAUGGCGACAUCGUCAAGAGGGUCCUCCGGUGCUUUGGCCCUUCAGAGUUCUCAGUGGCGGUCACCAUCUUCGGUGGCCGCGGCCAUGCCGCCACCUGGGGCAAGAAGCUCGACGCCGAGGCAUACGACUGCAACAACGUUGUGGAGCAGGAGCUCCCCUGUGGAGGCGUCCUCAUCUACCAGAGCUUUGCCGCGAACGAAGAGGUUGCUGUCUCUGCCGGGUCGCCCAGGUCCGUCUUCCACUGCUUCGAGGCCGAGACUGUGGAGAGCCACCCGCUGGUCAAGGAAGGCAAGCUCGCCAACCUCCUCGCAUGGCGAGCGGAGGAUUCUCUGGAGGAGGGCGUGGUGCUGUGCGAGUGAUUUGCUGUCGAAUGUUCAGUCUGUGGAAUUUGCUCUGACUGUAUGUCUUUUGUCGUUUGGUUACUGUGAAGCAGCCGGCCAGGCUAUUGCUCUCUGAAUAAACUAUUAGCUCUAGGUGGUUUGCUGCGUCUGCCACAAUGAGCAUACUGUUUGGGGAAAAGUUGUCUCAACUUAUAAAUAAGCAUUUUUUUUCUA